GGAAUGCAGAGUUGAGCUCACACCACAGGAGCAGUCGACGUCAAAAGAAGAAGGAGCCGGAAUUAAGUGUAUGAGAAAAAUGCGCAAUUAUCUUUGGUGGUGGUUGCUUCUAGUUGCCUGCUGUCUUAAUCUGGGCAGCAUCAAGGCCAAGCCACUUGUUUCCUUUGGCAUCGGAGUGCAGACAGCGUCGAGACCCUAUCCAGAGCCUUACUACAACAAUUACUAUGGCUACAAUGGCUACUAUGGCGGUGGCACGUAUUCGAAUAGAUAUCAGCCCCCCGGUUACCCCUAUUAUCCGGCUCCCUAUGCUCCUGGCAGUCAGUAUGGAGCACUCGACUUUGGCAUUGGGGCUUUGUCGUUAACCCCGUUUCUGCUUUGAUGGUCACACACACAGCGGGACAUCAGUAGACUGAAUAUGUACUAAAGAAAAUCUGCGAAAUUUGUGGCAAUGUGGAAAUGUGUGAAAAGAAAACAACUAAUAAACACCACAAACAAGUCCUCUC